AUUCAGUAAAUAAAGGAAUACAAUUGGAGCAUAUUUUAAACGGUGUAAUUACUAUCUCUCAGCUGCUAUUGCUGUUGUUAGUUAGCAGACAUCUCAUAGAUUCAAAGAAUAAGAAUCGUGUAGUGUGAUUGUCAUAAUGAAUAAACUGUGUUUUCCUGGAGUUGUUCAAAUCUAAGCACUAAAGCCGACACCCUCACUCCGUCCCUGAAGGCGGGAGAGGUGUCAUCAUCAUGGCUGGGGUUGGGAUUUAAUGACUGAAGCCUUGGAAAAAAAAAAAAAAAAAAGUUUAAUCAGCUGAACCGUCCGCAGCGCAUGCAUUUCCUAUGGGAGAAAACAGCUUUUAUAGACGGUCGGUGCGCUGACUAUGGAGGAAAGCGGAGCGAACACACACUGUAAGUGAGUGACGCGGUAGGGAGGCUGGACAGCAGUGAUGGCGGCGGCGGUGCCGUCGCUGCUCGCUCUGUGCGCCCGGCGCGUAGUGAGCGACCACAGCUCGUCGCCCCGCUGGCUUUCCUGCGUUCCUAGGGAGCUUUACCGAGAGCUCCUGGAGGCCGCCUUCGCCCACUGCCGGCCCUUGGCCGUCGGGGAGUUGGUGCGGCGCUGGCCCGAACGAGCCCUCCGUGUUGGGGGCCGCAGGAGGGCCGGACAGAGCCCGCCACCCCGGCCACACCGGCUCUGCGUCCAGGCGCUGCUGCUGGCCGUCGUGCGGGGACUGGAGAAUGAGAGGUGUGCUCUCCAGGUUCUUGACCUCUGUGGGCUCCAGUGUGAGGAAGGUGGCAUGGCAGAUUCAAUGGGGGGCUGGUCGCUCACUGUGGCUCUGUGCUCCAUAGUGCUGCAGGCCCGGGUAGAGUCUCCAAAGGGCACUAGGAGGGAGAAGGAGAGGAAGAGGCUCUCAGAGGUAAAGCGAGAACAGGACAGUAUUUUCAAAAGGGAGAGGAGCAUUGAAAAAAAGGCACACACUGUAACUGAGAACAGUGGGGAGGUACAACCAGCAACUGAGCAGCAUGAGAUGGAGGAGGACCUGUCUAAGGGUGUGAGGAGGAAAAUGGAAAUGGCACAGGAGACUGGAGGUAUGAAGGGGAAGCAUACUCUCCCAGAGGUGGAUGCAGUGCCAGAGCGGGUGCAGGUAUGGGCUGACCUGUUCGUGACUGCACGCUCCUGGGAGAGGGUGCGCAUGGCGCUCAGCGUAGAUGGACCACUGCGUCUGUACUGCCAGCAACUUCGUGUGGAGGAGCUUCCUGCAUCCAAAACUGUUGCUCUGCUGAGCCUCCUGCCACGUAGUGGUUUGCUUGGUCUGGACAUCCGCUACAGCAGCCUUGGUGUGUCUGGCCUGGCCCUACUGCUGCCUGCACUUGCCCCUUUCCCCUCCCUGAGCUCCCUUCGACUGCACUACUGCAACCUGGAUUUGAGGAGGGACGUUCCUGGCCAGGAGGGGAUGCUGAGAGACAUGGCACUUGGGCUGAAGGAGCUCAAAAACCUGAGGCAGCUCAGCCUCACAGCACUGAGACUUCCCGGGCACUUGCGUAUGCUGCUCAGUGCUCUCUCUCAGCCAUUGGAGGUGCUGGAGCUUCCCUACCUGAGCCUGACACCAGCUGACCUCUCCUACCUGUCCUGCAGCCCGCAUGCCUCCUCUCUGCGGAGGCUGGACUUGAGUGAGAACAGGCUGGAGGAGGUCACCUUACCUUCACUCCGGCGCCUGCUCUCUCAUUCCUCAAGUUCACUUACUCACCUCUCUUUGUGUGGCUGCAACCUCUCCGAUGGCUUGUUGGGGCUCCUGCUUCCAUCACUUUGUGACUGCCGGGCCCUGCGUGUCCUGCGGGUGGCCCUUAACCCACUUUCGCGGGAUGCAGUACUGUCCCUGGUCAGCGCAGCAUGCAGGAUACCUUCUCUCCAGUUGCUGCUCUACCCCAGCCCCCUGGAGGACUACCAGCCCGGUCUGCCCCCAGCUCCUUCAAGUGCCCAGCUGCUGGACUGGCCCCUCUCUGAGGAGCUUGAGGGCCGAGAUGCCCUCCAAGUGCAACUGAGGACAGUGCUAUCAGAAAAUGGGCGCUCUGACUUGCUUCUCACAUCUGACUUGUUGAAUUACAACAGCCUGUUGCAUGAGGAGGACUAGCUCUCUUCUUGGACUGCCACUCUUCCUGGAAGGGGACAAGAGCUGGUAGCAAAUGUCAUUUAUGGUCAACAAAAGGUUCUAAAACUAAUACUUCCUGCUGUCCUCAUACGUGUAAUUUGACCAAUAGAUCACAUGUAGGCAGAAAUUUCUUUGGUAGCAAAGGUAAGAAUUUCCUGCCAGCCCAUGUGAAACUUAGUAUUUGCAUUGUAUACACCUAUAUCUGAACUUGAGAUGUAGUAGUAUAAGAAGUCUAAAUUCUUAUUCUGAGAAUGUAAAAGCAGAAGCCAUAUGUUUUCACCAGUGGCUAUUUUUGGACCCGAGUCCCACUGAUGCAUUAAUGCUGGACACUUGGUGUCCUCUAGCAGCCUAGCAAUUUAGCAGCGCGCGCACAGCCGGAAAUCAGCGGUCACCUAGUUUUUGCCUUCCCCCUCUGGGUGUGAAAGCCAGUGUGCCUUUUGUACCACAGCUGCUAUCCAGUGAGAAUUGUCAGAGGUCCCAUGAUGUUUUGAAAUUCUUUGACUGUUCAGGUUUAAGCCUUCUCCAAUGACUAGUGUUGGUUUUAAUGAAUAAGAAAUUCAGUGCCCACACUUCACCAUUGAUGCAAUAUUGACUUUAUGCCUGCCUUUUUUUUUU